AUGGCCUUCACUCUCAUGGGGUGGUACUUCAUUGCGUUCAUCAACGGGGAUGCCCAUCCAAGGUGGCUGGAAUGAACGAAGAAGGUGAUGACAAUCCCUCCCUUAGUAGGCAUGAUUGUUUUUGGGAUUAUUGGCAGGAAUAUACAUCCAUAUAUGGACCAUUUCAACGACGACUGGGGCGCCAAUAUACGCAUGGUAUGACUUGUGGUUAUACUGACCAGAGGGGGCAUGGAACUCAGUUUUUCAGGUAAAGGACUUACAGUGUUUCUAUUAACGGUAGCCCCACAAAUGUUUGAAGCGAGCACUAUUGCAGGUAUUAGUAAAGCAGUAUUUGACCUCCCAAUAUAUCUCUGUUUCUCUUUAGGCUUCGUAGUUGGAGCUGUUUCUCCAGCAGUACUUGUACCCUCAUGAAUGUAUUUACAGGAUAAUGGGUAUGGAGUUGAUAAAGAAAUACCUACGACUUUGAUAGCCGCUGCGAGUUUUGAUGAUAUCAUUGCAAUUACAGUAUUUAGCAUCUUCACUGAUCUUGCUUUCAAUAAAGUUGCGGAGGAUUCAAAGGAACCUUAUGAAUCUAUUUACACUAAUGCAUAUCAGAUCGUCACAGGCUUAGCUGUAGGGUGUAUUGUUGGGGCAAUAUUAGGUUUUAGCCUCAAGAAGAUGGCUCAUAAUAGGAAAUCCAGAAUGAUAAAACUGUUACUGAUAUUGCUCAUUCUUGCCUUAUUCGUCACGGGUGUUGAGCUCUCAGGAUUCCAUGAAUCACUCUACAUCUGAGUACUGUUCUUUGGCUACAUGUUGAAUGUCUUAUGGGGAGAGAAAAAGCCAGAUGCUUAUCUGGGAUUCAUUUGGAAAUACAUGUCUCCCUUCCUUUUUGGAACUAUAGGAGCGGCUAUUGAUCUAGGGGACUUAGAGUUUGACAUAGUUCCUAAAGCAAUCUUGGUUAUUUUUUGAGGAUCUACUAUCAGACUUAUAGUCACUUACUUGGUUGUUUGGCAGAAGAAAUAUACAGUAAAAGAAAGAAUCGUAAUUGUCUGAGGAUGGAUUCCCAAAGCGACAGUACAGGCAGCUAUAGGAGGAGUUGUUCUUGACAGAGCCAGAGACGACAUAAAGAGAUCUUCCCCUGAUUACGAAGAUUAUGAAGACCAUGGAAAGACUAUAUUAACAACAGCAAUUAUUUGAAUUCUAAUGACCGCACCAUUAGGAGCAAUUCUAACUAGCAAUCUUGGACGAAAACAACAGAAAGAAGUAGAGAAUGAAGAAGAUGAAAGGGAAGAUAAGAAUGGAAAUGGGAAAGAAGCUGAAAAAGAGAAGCCGCUUGAGGAGUCAGAUAGAAGUUCAGAGAGUCAUGAGGAGGAGAAAGAAGAAGAAAGGCCAAAGAUUGAAGAUUCUGGGGUACCAAAUGGAACUGAAGAAUCUGGAUCAAAUUUCUUGCCUGAUAUUCACAAUAAGUCCAAUAUACAAUAA